AUGCAGCCUGAUCUGACACAACCAUCCGCAACAUCUCCCAAUGGCUCACAUCACGGAGAGUCCCCCGAGCCUGCCUCGCGCAAGCGCAAGGGCAUGUCCACAAGCUCUCGUGGAGUCGCCAGCCUCACGCCCGACCAGCUAGCUAAGAAGCGCGCCAACGACAGAGAAGCUCAGCGUGCGAUUCGAGAGCGAACAAAGCGGACAAUCGAGACAUUGGAGACCAAAAUUCGAGAACUCGAGUCGCAGCAGCCAUAUCAAGAGCUUCAGACUGUCAUUAGGCAGAAGAAUGCUAUCGAGGCAGAGAAUACCGAGAUCCGUCGACGGCUGGGAUCGAUUAUGGCCUUGAUACAGCCUAUACUCGGAGCCCAGGGUCUGACAGAUCUAGCCAGUGCUGCCCACCACAAUGCGCAGUCGGGUAUAGGUCAGACUACGUUCUCUACGGAUGCCUUCAUGAACGGCCAGAGGCCAUACGCACCGCAGGAUGGACAGAUGCCGCAAGGACAGGCCAAUCAAUAUCCUGCCUUCGGCGGAGAGGCUUCGAAUGCCGAUAACAGACAGUGGAACGCAUCACGGGAUGCACUCGACACUCAACGCGAUAACAUGCAGAGGGGUCUCGAGCUUGAUGAGUCUGGCGAGCAGCGUCUGUCCUUCAACAGCCUCCUCGACAGUCUGGGUCAGCGGGCACCCAGUGUCCCGGGUCAACUCCAGCAAGCACAGCAUCACUCGCCGGAUACGCGUGGAGGUUACCCAAGCAUCAACAGCUUCCAAGACGCAAGCCCUACGCUACCACAAACACCCUGGACAGUUCUGCCGAAGAAUUGUGAUCCGACGUGCCCACUGGAUAACAUCCUGCUGAACUUCAUCACGACACAACGCCGAGAAAUCGAGCAGGGCGGCGGUAGCGCUGCAUCUUCGAACGUCUCUGCACCGACAUACCCAUCUGUGGCUUCUUUACUGAACCCCACCGGCGGGCACCGCGUUGAUCGACUGUCGCAGCUGAUGACCGAUGUGAUUGACAAGUUCCCAAACAUCGCCAACCUCCCCGAACGCGUCGCCACCCUCUACUUCAUGUUCUCCCUCACCCGCUGGAUGAUCACGCCAACCCAAGAAAACUACGAACGCAUCCCCGAAUUCUUCACCCCUCGCCCCUGGAUCGACCACAUCCCCUUCCCGCGAAUGCGCGACAAGCUCGUCGCCACGUACAAAGACCACCCGUUCGAGCUCUUCUUCAUGCCUUUCACCAGCGGGAUGAGCGUCAACUGGCCGUAUGAUCCGACAGAUUGUCUAAUUAGCACGAGUGAGAAGGAGGAUCCGAUUAUCAAUCCGGUCUUUGAGAGGCAUAUCAGGAGAUUGGAGAAUUGGAGUGUGGCGCCGAUUCUGAUGGAGCAGUAUCCGGACUUGCAGGAUACGGCGAGGGUGAAGGCUCAGGCUGAGCACCGGAAGCUGGACUGA